AUGCGGCAUUUUUUUCUUUCUCUUAUUGUGAUUUACCUAAUACUGGAGGUUAUUUUAUAUGUCAAAUUCUACAAGCCAGAUGUGACCAGCUCGUUGGUUGAGGAAAUCUAUGAGAAAUCAGUUCAAAUAAGGGAUUCACGGUACAAUAAAACAAAAGAAUUUUUGAAUCGUGCCAGAAUCAAAGGUGCUUCCAACUCUUAUGUAGAGCCUGUAUAUUUGAAUGACAAGGACCAUUUAGUUAUAAACAAGCACACGGUCAAAUUAGAGAAUGCCACGAUAUUGGUCUUGUGUCGAAAUUGGGAAUUAAAGGAUAUUUUAUCUUCAAUGAGAUCCCUGGAAGAUAGGUUUAAUAAGGAUUAUCAUUAUCCCUGGACCUUUCUAAAUGAUGUGCCCUUUGAUGAAGAUUUUAAGCGCUGGACUACAGAAAUGGCUAGUGGGAAGACAGAAUAUGGUUUAAUACCCAAAGAAGAUUGGGACACCCCUGAUUUUAUUGAUCAACAGAAAUACAAUUUAUCAAUUGAAAAAGCAAUAAAAGAUGAAUUACUCUACGGUUUCUCCAGAUCUUACCGAAAUAUGUGUCAUUUUAAUUCCGGCUUUUUUUUCCGACAGGAAUUGGUUAUGAAGUAUGACUAUUAUUUCAGGGUAGAACCGGGGGUUCAAUAUUUUUGUGAUUUCCAAAUGGAUCCUUUCAGGCUUAUGAGAGAGAACAAAAAGAAAUAUUCAUUUGUUGUUUCAUUGUAUGAGUAUGAGAAUACAAUUCCAACGCUCUGGGAAACAGUUGAAAGUUUUAUGAAGGAGUAUCCACAACAUAUUCAUCCAAACAAUAGCAUUGACUUUAUAACAGACAAAGCGCCUUUGGGAAAAUAUGGCUUGGAGUUUGGUGAUUCGCCAUACAAUUUAUGCCACUUUUGGUCCAAUUUUGAAAUUGGAGACUUGAAUUUCUUCAGAUCAGAACAAUAUCUCGAUUAUUUUGAGUACUUGAGUAAAACCGGUGGUUUCUAUUAUGAAAGAUGGGGGGAUGCACCUGUCCAUUCAUUAGGGGCCACUCUACUUUUAGAUCGAGAUGAAAUUUUUCAUUUUGAAGAUAUUGGUUAUAACCAUGUCCCAUUUUUCAGUUACCCAGAGGGUAAACAAGUUAUGAAAUACAAGAGAUGUGUUGCACCUCCGAAUACCGACAACAUCAAUGUGCAACUGGGAAGCUGUUUGCCACGCUGGUGGAGAAGCGGAUCGGGUAAAAAGUUUUUAAAAGAAUAUUACCAUGAAGACGAAUAUCUUUUGUUCAAAGAACAUUAUAAUAUAUAG